GAGCUGCCGUGACCCGGGCGGUUCGUGCCAGGCAGCGCCGUGCCGUGCCGAUCCCAGCUGUGCCGGGCCGUGCCGGCCCCUCCGCCGCGAUCCGGGUUCCCGGCGGAGGCGGAGCCGCGCAGGGAGGAUCCCGGGACGAGCCGUGGCGGAGCAGCCAUCGCUCGGCACCGCCCGGCUCGGCACGGCCCGGGCCGGGCCAGCACGCUGCGCCGGACGGGAUGGCCGCUCGCAUCCUGCACCGUCUGCGGCACGCGUUGGCCGGCGAAGGCGACCGGGAGGAGCGGGUACGUGGCGGCUCUGAGGCCGAGGAGUUCCCGGAGAGCUCGGAGCUGGAGGACGACACGGAGGGGCUGUCGACGCGCCUCAGCGGCACCCUGAGCUUCACCAGCCACGACGAGGAGGAGGAAGAGGAGGAGGAGGAGGAGGACGGUGCUGGAGAGGAGCUGGGGGAGCCACUGCAGCCGACAGGAGCGGCGGCGGGUGCAGAGGACGGAGAGUGGGGCUCCACAGCAGAGCGCCCCGGCAGCAGCCUGCUGACCCGGCAGCUGCAGGAGCUGUGGAGGAAAUCGCGGGGCAGCCUGGCACCGCAGCGGCUGCUCUUCGAGGUCACCAGCGCCAGCGUGGUCAGCGAGCGCUCCUCCAAGUACGUGCUCUACACCAUCUACCUGAUCCGCUCCGGCCGGUUUGACAAGGCCCCCGCUGCCAUUGCCCGGCGCUACUCGGACUUUGAGCGGCUGAACCGUCGCCUGCGCUGUCGCUUUGGCUGCGACAUGGCUGGCAUCGCCUUCCCCAGGAAGAGACUGCGCCGGAACUUCACCGCUGAGACCAUUGCCAAGCGGAGCCGAGCCUUCGAGCAGUUCCUGUCCCACCUGCACUCCAUCGCUGAGAUUCGCCGCUCCCCUGAGUUCCUCGAAUUCUUCUUCUUGCAAGACCUGCAGGCUGCACAGCGCCUGACCUGCACCGGCAUGUACCGUGAAGCCCUGGCCACCUGGGCCAAUGCAUACCGGCUGCAGGACCGGCUGGGGGUCUGUGGCUCCGGCCGCUUUCUCCUGACGCUGGCUGGGCUGGCCGUCUGCCACCAGGAGCUGGAUGAGCUCGGUGAGGCCCACGGCUGCUGCGAGCAGGCGCUGCAGCUGCUCGAAGCCCAGGGCAGCCACCCGCUGCUGGGGCCCUUCCUGCAGGCCCAUGUCCACCUGGCCUGGAAAGUGGGCAAGGACAAGCGGCACUCGGAGGCCCGGCUACAGGACCUGCGGGAGGCAGGGCUGCCCCUGCAGCAGCAGCCCACCCUGAAGGAGUGCUUGAUCAAGGAGACUCUGGAGUGAGUGCCCCGCCAUGCCGGCACCUGCACUGGUAGGGGGGCAGGGGUCUGUGUGUGGCUCAUGCCCGAGGUGGCUGAGAGCAGUGAGGGUGAUACCACGGGUGGGGAUGGGGCAGGGAGGCAGCACUGUGCUCCGGUGGGCAGUGUGGCCCAUGCCUGGGAGCUGCCUCGAAAAUGCACUUUCUCUGUGGUUAGUCUGUCCCGUGGGGCCAGGUGCUCAUGGGUGCUCGUCACCCACACUGGCACUGCUGGGUGCUGGCUCCCCCUCUGUGGGGGGCUUCUACAGUGGACGGGACUUCAGCUGGGACAUACUGGCACUGCAUAAGGGAACAGGAAGGCUGGGUCUGGAAGGAACUUCCCAUAAAACUUAUAUAAUACAAUAAAAAGGACUUUAUUUAAUAAAGUCUUGGUAG